AUGACUUACACCGUUUCUCCUCAUCUCGAAUACUUCACCAUCCCUCUCACAAAAUUUGCGGCUGCCCGACCUGAAUUUGGAGGGUUUGGUGUUGGCGCGUACAUUUUCUCCCAUGCCGAUCCCACUCCGCGUAUCCUUCUUCUCCAGCGCGCACUGACGGACUCUAUGCCUGGCUGUUGGGAGGGCCCUGGAGGCGCAUGCGAACUGGAAACCGACAAAACAUUACUUGAUUCUCUUGUGCGUGAAACGCUAGAAGAAACUGGGUUGCACGUGUCUCACAUUAUUGACCUCGUUGCGGUGGAUUGUUGGGAGCAUCAUCGGCAUAGUGGCGGCAAAAUCCGUAUUGCCAAGUAUUCGUUUGUUGUCGAGGUUCAAGAGGCGUUGCUAUGGUCAGCAGGAAAACAGCAAUCGGUGCCAACCCUCCAAAUACCUGUUCAACUUGAGCCAUUGGAGCACCAGAAAUUCGACUGGGCGAUAAAAGAAGACGUUCUGCUUUCCGUUCAGUCACCCAACGGUCGGUAUAUGUUCCCGUUGCACUUAAUUAGCCAUCAAGCUCCAAACAUCAUCCGUGCUUUUGAACUGGUUGAAGAACGACAAAGCAAGGAAUAA